AUGAGCGAGACUGAAUCCAAUAAUGUCAAGUCUGGUGUACUUGAAGAAAUGGCCAAUAUGUCAGUUGAUGAGUUGAAUAAUCUUGAACAACAAUUGGCAACCGAGUUUAACUCAUUGAGUAAAGAAUACCUUGAGAGCCGUUUAUCAAGAAUUAACACCAUAUUAGACAAAUUAAAUAGUCUGAUUAAAUAUGCAACCGCAAAUGACAAGAGUUGGUUAAAGAUUUAUAAUUUUGAAAUUGAAACCAUUAAUAGUAUAAUGACAAAUACAGAAGAUUUGAUAAUAUCUAAUAAUGGAGACUUGAAGAAUAAACCUGAUUUAUUAAAAUCAAUUGAUGAAUAUCAAGAAGAAUUGAAAGAAAUUUUCAAAAAUUUACAAAGUCCAUUUGAUUUCGAUAGUACUUUCAGAUUUGAUAAUAAUGAUAAUUUGAAUGGUCAGAGUAAUCCCAAUUUAUCAAAAUUACCAUUCUCCUAUUUGUUUAAUGAUUAUUUUAAAAAGCAUCGUGAUGCUUUGAAUGCAAUAAUUAAAGAAAAGGAUUAUCAAGCCAAUUUACUUUAUAAUAAUCUGUAUGGUAAUCGGGUUAUUUUAUGGAAACAAUAUUAUAAUAAAUUAAAUCAACAGAAACAAAAAUUAAUUGAUAGAACUAAUGAUCAAUUGAAUCAAUUAUAUAAAGAUUAUUAUCAUUUGAAUGAACAAAAAAAUCUUGACUUUUCAGAACGACAUUAUUAUCGGUCAUUAUUAACUCCAAAUGAAUUAUCCACUACCAUUGACGAUAGUAUAAACACAGUAGAUACACAAGAUGUUGCUUCAGUUCUUGAAACAGAUCAUGAUUCCAAUUAUAUUGAAUUGGAUACUAGACAUAAAACUAAGAGUAAAAUUGAGAUUUCCGAUAUUAGAAAGAAAAUCAUUAAUGAAGAUCAAAUGUUGAAUAAUAUUGGUAAUGGUAUUAAACGAUCAUGGGAUGAAACUGAUAGUAAUACUGACCACCAUUGGAAAAGAAGUCGUUUUAGUUUAACUGAUGAAGAAGCCAUUGAAGAUCUACUACUGAUCAGACAGAAUAUUACUCAACAAAAGAAAUCACAGCAAGAACUGAGCGUAAAUCAAGAGAAUGAAAAGAUUGACCAAAAUCAAGUUGAGAUAGUUACAGUUGCAGUUGAUGAUGAUGAUGAUGAUGAUGAUGAUAAAGAAAAAAGUCAGGGACCAUCACUACAGCAUAAUAAAUUAGGUGCAGACGGAGAAGGAGAAGGAGAAGGAGAAGGAGAGGACGACGAAGACGAAGACUCUGGCAAUGAUAAGGAAGGAACAGACGCACCAUUAGAAGCAAAUCUAACAUCUGAAGAAAAAAAUCAACGUGAACUAUAUAAGGAGAUCAUAUUUCAAAAUAGUGCCAAUGAAGGUAUGAAAAUACAAAGUUUACCUCCAUUGGAUUGUUUCCCUAGGUUUUUCAAUUAG